UUCGGCGACACGCCCAUUGUGUGCACAAGACCGAAUCACAACCAGAAGCUUUUAUUUUGUUUGUGAAAAAAAACGAUGGCCCAGCGUUUCCAGGGCCCCGUGCCGCCCCAGGGGCCUGUGGGGCCCCCUCCGCAGCGUUACCCGCCGCCUCAGACCCCGGGAAUGCGCCAAUACCCAGCCCAGACUUUCCCGCAGCGGGCUGGGUACAACACACCGCCCCCGAAUAUGGGGGCCCAGCCCGGGCCUAUGAUGCCGCGCCCGCCGCAAGCCCCCUAUUCGCCCAUGCGCGGGGGGCCUAUGCCGCCGCAGCCCGGCGUGAAGCGCCCCCCUGACAACAGGGCCGUCCUGCAGGCAAAGAGCGACUACCCCCACGGGGCUAAAAAGAAGAAGAAGCUCUCCGACAAGAUUCUCCCCCAGAAGGUUCGAGAUUUGGUCCCCGAGAGUCAGGCCUACAUGGAUUUGCUCGCUUUUGAGCGUAAAUUGGACUCGACCAUCAUGCGCAAGCGCUUGGAUAUCCAGGAGGCGCUGAAACGGCCCAUGAAACAAAAGCGCAAAUUGCGCAUUUUCAUCUCGAACACUUUCUAUCCGGCCAAGGAGGCGUGCGCCGAGGGGCCGGAGGGGCCGGGCCAGGAGGGGUCGGUGGCCUCGUGGGAGCUGCGCGUCGAGGGCCGGCUGCUCGACGACUCCAAGAGCGACCCCAACAAGGUCAAACGCAAAUUCUCGUCGUUUUUCAAGUCGCUUGUGAUCGAGCUGGACAAGGAGCUCUACGGCCCCGACAACCACCUGGUGGAGUGGCACCGCACGCUCACCACGCAGGAAACCGACGGGUUUCAAGUCAAGCGCCCCGGAGACAAGAACGUGCGCUGCACCAUCCUCCUCCUCCUCGACUACCAGCCCCUCCAGUUCAAACUCGACCCGCGAUUGGCCCGAUUACUAGGCGUGCACACGCAGACACGCCCCGUUAUUAUCUCCGCCCUAUGGCAGUACAUCAAGACGCACCGCCUCCAGGACGCCCACGAGCGCGAGUACAUCGUCUGCGACAAAUACCUCGAGCAGAUUUUCGGCUGUCCCAGGAUGAAGUUCGCGGAAAUCCCCCAGAGGCUCAACCCGUUGCUCCACCCACCCGACCCCAUCGUCAUCAAUCACGUGAUCUCGGUGGAGGGCGGGGCCGAGAGCAAACAAACCGCCUGCUAUGAUAUCGAUGUCGAGGUUGAUGAUACGCUCAAAACGCAAAUGAAUAAUUUCCUGCUGAGUACUGCCAGUCAGCAGGAAAUCCAAGGCUUGGAUGCGAAAAUCCACGAAACGGUUGAUACAAUAAAUCAGUUGAAAACCAACCGUGAAUUUUUCCUGAGUUUCGCCAAGGACCCCCAACAGUUUAUCUACAAGUGGAUCGUGUCGCAAACCCGGGAUUUGAAGGUAUGGAAAUGUAUGACCGACGUGGUGGGGAACCCGGAGGAGGAGCGCCGCUCCGAUUUCUUCUACCAGCCGUGGGCCCAGGAGGCCGUUUGUCGGUAUUUCUACACCAAGGUGCAGCAGAAAAGGGCCGAAUUGGAGCAAGCCCUCGGCAUUCGCAACAAUUAAAAAGGGUGGUUGGUGACGAAACAAAUAAUCUGUAUUAGUUUAUUAGAAUAUAAUUUCCAUCAUUUAAAUAAAUAAAUUGCAUUAUUGACUCAAGCAUCCACUAA